GCGGAGUUGGAGGAAGCGGCGGCCGCGGCCGGGGCGGCGGGGAGCGUGUCGGGAGACGGCGAGCUUGGGUCGGGAACGGCUGGCGGGUCGGAGCCUGGUCAGGGGCGCAUCGGAGCCGUGCGCGCAAGAGGCUGCCGCUGCAGCCUGGGCCCCGCAGAGGAAGGAAGCCGGCCGGCGGGGGAGGUGCAGCUCGCAUGUGGUGUGUGCCACAGUCAAAUCAGAUGACAGAUGGACAGUGUGACAAGAGUGUCAGAAAGGAUCGGGCCUCGAAGGGAGAGUCAGCCCCGAGUCAAUGUGUUGACGAGUUGCUGAAAAGGAAGCCGGUGGGAAGACUGCGGCCACAGAGGAAGUGAGCCCUGACUUCAGUCACACCCUUGAUGGAGGACAGAUGGACGGCCGGAUGGCCAAUCACCUCUCCUCUUAAACCUUUGGAGAGUUAUCCUUUAUCCCCUGCCGGACGUGUAUUAGGAAUUUUAACACACUCUCUGAAUUCACUUUCCAUAGAAACGUCAGGUUAGACUGCGGUGUGCAGCCAGCCUCAGCUGUCGCAUGGUCGCAGGUCGGCAGCCAUGAGCGCCGAGGGGUACCAGUACAGGGCGCUGUACGACUAUAAAAAGGAGCGGGAAGAAGACAUUGACUUGCACUUGGGGGACGUACUGACUGUGAAUAAAGGGUCCUUAGUAGCUCUUGGAUUCAGUGAUGGACAAGAAGCCAGGCCUGAAGAAAUCGGCUGGUUAAAUGGCUAUAACGAGACCACUGGGGAGAGGGGGGACUUUCCGGGAACUUACGUAGAAUACAUUGGAAGGAAAAAGAUCUCACCGCCCACACCAAAGCCCCGGCCACCUCGACCCCUUCCUGUUGCACCAGGUUCUUCAAAAACUGAAGCAGACAGUGAGCAGCAAGCUUCGACUCUUCCAGACCUUGCAGAGCAGUUCGCCCCUCCUGACAUUGCUCCACCGCUUCUUAUCAAGCUAGUGGAAGCCAUUGAAAAGAAAGGUCUGGAAUGUUCAACUCUAUACAGAACACAGAGCUCCAGCAACCCAGCAGAAUUACGACAGCUUCUUGAUUGUGAUGCUGCCUCCGUGGACUUGGAAAUGAUCGAUGUGCACGUUUUAGCAGACGCUUUCAAACGCUAUCUCCUGGACUUACCAAAUCCUGUCAUUCCAGUUGCCAUUUACAAUGAAAUGGUUUCUUUAGCCCCAGAAGUGCAAAGCUCUGAAGAAUACAUCCAGCUGUUGAAGAAGCUCAUUAGGUCGCCCAGCAUACCUCAUCAGUACUGGCUCACGCUGCAGUAUUUGCUAAAACAUUUCUUCAAGCUCUCUCAAACAUCCAGCAAAAAUCUUUUGAAUGCAAGAGUACUCUCUGAACUCUUCAGCCCCCUGCUUUUCAGAUUCCCAGCAGCCAGUUCUGAGAAUCCUGAACACCUCAUAAAAGUUACAGAAAUUUUAAUCUCCACCGAAUGGAAUGAACGCCAGCCUGCACCAGCACUGCCUCCUAAACCACCAAAACCCACUACUGUAGCGAACAACGGUAUGAAUAACAAUAUGUCCUUACAAGAUGCUGAAUGGUACUGGGGAGAUAUUUCGAGGGAAGAAGUGAAUGAAAAACUUCGAGAUACAGCUGAUGGGACCUUUUUGGUACGAGACGCAUCUACUAAAAUGCACGGUGAUUAUACUCUUACACUAAGGAAAGGAGGAAAUAACAAAUUAAUCAAAAUAUUUCACCGAGAUGGGAAAUAUGGCUUCUCUGACCCAUUAACCUUCAACUCUGUGGUUGAACUGAUAAACCACUACCGGAAUGAAUCUCUAGCUCAGUAUAAUCCCAAACUGGAUGUAAAAUUACUUUAUCCGGUAUCCAAAUACCAACAGGAUCAGGUUGUCAAAGAAGAUAAUAUUGAAGCUGUAGGGAAAAAAUUACAUGAAUAUAACACUCAAUUUCAAGAAAAAAGUCGGGAAUAUGAUAGAUUAUAUGAAGAUUAUACCCGUACUUCCCAGGAAAUCCAAAUGAAAAGAACAGCUAUUGAAGCAUUUAAUGAAACCAUAAAAAUAUUUGAAGAACAGUGCCAAACCCAGGAGCGGUACAGCAAAGAAUACAUAGAAAAGUUUAAACGCGAAGGCAAUGAGAAAGAAAUCCAAAGGAUUAUGCAUAACUAUGAAAAGUUAAAGUCUCGCAUCAGUGAAAUUGUCGACAGCAGAAGGAGAUUGGAGGAGGACUUGAAGAAGCAGGCUGCCGAGUAUCGUGAGAUUGACAAACGGAUGAACAGCAUUAAACCAGACCUCAUUCAGCUGAGAAAGACAAGAGACCAAUACUUGAUGUGGUUGACUCAGAAAGGUGUUCGGCAGAAGAAGCUGAACGAGUGGCUGGGCAAUGAAAACACCGAAGACCAAUAUUCGCUGGUGGAAGAUGACGAGGAUUUGCCCCACCACGACGAGAAGACGUGGAAUGUUGGCAGCAGCAACCGAAACAAAGCCGAAAACCUGUUGCGAGGGAAACGAGAUGGCACUUUUCUGGUCCGGGAGAGCAGUAAACAGGGCUGCUACGCGUGCUCCGUAGUGGUGGACGGUGAGGUCAAGCACUGCGUCAUCAACAAGACGGCCACGGGCUACGGCUUCGCCGAGCCCUACAACCUGUACAGCUCCCUGAAGGAACUGGUGCUCCACUACCAACACACGUCCCUCGUGCAGCACAACGACUCCCUCAACGUCACGCUAGCCUACCCGGUGUACGCGCAGCAGCGGCGAUGAAGGGCCGCCCUCCCGCCUGCUUCUCACCUUCAGCUCCCCGAGGCCUCCAGCAAGCACAGGGCUCCCCUGCAGCCCGACCUGGGAACUGAGCUGCGGACACCCAGCCGCCCGUCUUCAGAUGUGACUCGAGCUCUCGAUCACACGGCAGUAGGGGAAGACAGACACAUACGCGGCGGGCUCGCACUGGGCGACGACCACCGUUCCUCGUCUGGAGUGCUUAAUUAGCCUUCCUUCCUUUCCUCUUCCUUUCUUUUUGGUUUUGUUUUUUGGAUUAAUUUAAAGUCACAACCACACACGACACCAAGAGAAGAAAUGCAAAAAUCUCUGCGUGCAGGGACAAAGAGGCCUUUAACCAUGGUGCUUGUUCGUGCUUUCAGAAGCUUUACCAGCUCAAGAGUUGGGACCUUGGAGACCGGAGCGGGGACGGGCUGACGAGCCCUGGCCUGGGGUCGCUCAGUCCAGCCUGGGUGUUGCCGUGCACGGUGGCCCCAGACACAUCGCACUGUGGAUUAUUUCAUUUAUUUUCUAACGAAAUGAACCGAUAUGUAGCAGAAAGGCACUUCCGCUCACAGGGGACGCUUUGGGGGAACGUCCGCUCACGUACGUUCAGAGGAAAUUCUGUUGUAGCAAAGUGCCAGAAAGUGUUUCAUUAAAACUCUACAAACCAAGAAAACCCACCAACAGAAAAAUGGAGCUUGGAAAAUAGGACUUCAAAAUGACAUUUAGUAUAUAAAAUAUGUACAUAAUAUUGAAUGACUAACUAUCAAAUAGACGGAUUUGUAUCAAUACCAAAUAGCUUCUGUUUUGUUGUGCUGAAGGCUAAAUUCACAGUGCUAUGCAAUUCUUAAUUUUCAUCGUUGUUACCUGUUUUAAACGUACCUUCAGAAUAAGCUUCCCCUGCCCCAAUUUUUGUUGCUUGAAAACACUGUCCCAAUUUUUGUUGCUUGAAAACACUGUCCCUGAUUUUUUUUUUGUUAAUAUUCAUUUUGUUACUCGUUACCUUUUUUUUAAAAAAGAAGAAAUGUACAGGAUGCCAGUUUAAAAAAAAAUGGCUUCAGAUUUAAAACUAUGAAAUAUUUUACAGUUUUUCUUGUACAGAGUACUUGGCUGUUAGCCCAAGGUUAAAAAGUUCAUAACAGAUUUUUUUGGACUAAAUGUUUUGUUGGGCAGUGCCUGAUAAGCUUCAAAGCUGCUUUAUUCAAUAAAAAAAGAGAAAGAUAUAUGAAUAUGACAAAGUAUGGCUGAGUUCAACAAUGUUGUUUCAAGACUUAAGAUACGGUACCUGGCAAUGUUUGUUUCAUAAAGAAUUGUGAACUUCUUGAAUCUGGGGAGGGGAAUGUAGCAAAGGGAUGUACAGGUGGGGGGGGAGGGUGGCAGGAUGGCAUGCACUUUCUCUUUCUUGUGAUUACAGAGAAGUGGAUCACUGCAAAGUGAAGUCUUUUCCCACUUUGAUCUGCUACUUACUAUACCCUCAUGACAAAUACAAACCUAUGGGAAUGCUAGGUCUUAGGAAGGCAGGCAGGCAGGGUCCUGGAGCAGUGUUCACCCUUGUUGGAAACACCCAUUUUAAAGUAUCAUUGCUGCAUUUAGAAAACCUGUCUCUCUUUCACAUUAGACUACCCGUUAACAACCAGCCAACAUCCACUGUAGAAAAAGCAUGAUCUGAAAAGAUAUUUUUAGCUGGAUAUCUGCUAUUUUCCUAGCUUUCCACUCAACUUAGAUCAGAAAGCAAAUAGACGUGGUCAUAAUCGUUCCUGCCCCGAUUGUGGGGAGCUUGUUCAAGUCAUGGCCAUUGUAGGAAUCAUAGUAACAGUCCUCAUUCACCCAAAUAAUUGUAUGUGUUACACUUCACCGUGGGGAAAAGGAAGGGCUUGUUAGAGUAUUCUUGCCAACUGAAGGCAACAGCAAGAGAUCUCUCUCCCCAAUUUACAUAUGCAAAAGCCUUUGGGUUCAGUGGGAACUGUACCUGUGUUGGGAGGAAUAAUGGGGAGAUUAAAAUGGAAUCUUAACAACGUCAGUUUUCCUUUCCUAUUUAGAUUCACCACAGCUUUAUUUCUCUUUCCUUCAACUACUGGGGGGAAGGGGGUUUUGUUUUGUUCUCUAAUGUUGUUCCUUUUAAAAUUCUUUUGAAAGAAUCAGUCUAGUGGCUGACUCAGUCAACUGUAGAAUGUAUUUUUUUUUUCCUUUUUACAUGAAGCUA